AUGGGGAUCGAACAGGUGCUCGCGACGAUGGGCUUGAGCCCGGGCGACCCGGAAGCGUGUUUUGACAUUCACUCGCGCGAAGGCGCUGGCGCCUUUGGCCGCGUCUUCCGCGCGACCUGCCGAAGCACGCAGCGCGAAGUCGCGCUCAAGGUCAUCCCGAUUGCGCUCAAGCCGGGCCAGCACGGCGAGGACGUCGAGAACGUCCGGCGCGAGAUCGAGUUUCUGCGCGAAUGCGACCACCCGAAUGUCGUCGCUUUCUACGACGCGUACUACAAGGACGGCGCGCUCUGGAUUGCGAUGGAGUAUUGCGGCGGCGGGUCCGUCGGCGACAUCUCGCGCCAGCGCCGCCUCGUCGAGCAAGAGAUCUCGGUCAUCGUACGCGGCGCGCUCCAUGGCCUCGCCCAUCUGCACGCCAAGAAGAAGAUCCAUCGCGACGUCAAAGGCGGCAACAUCUUGCUGACCGCGGACGGCGACGUCAAGGUCGCCGACUUUGGCGUCUCGGCGCAGCUUCGUGACACGCUCUCGCGCCGCGGCACCUUUGUCGGUACCCCGUAUUGGAUGAGUCCUGAAAUGAUCCAAGACUGCGACUACGACUACAAGGCGGACAUUUGGAGCCUCGGCAUCACCGCCAUCGAACUCGCCGACCAGAAGCCGCCGCUCUUUGAAGAGCAUCCGAUGCGCGUCUUGAUCCAGAUUCCGCGCAACCCCGCGCCCCGGCUUCGCCAGCCCCACGAGUGGUCACCCGUCUUUUCCGACUUUUUACAGUACUGCCUCACGAAAGCACCGGCGGACCGGCCGUCGGCCGUCGACUGCCUCGCGCAUCCGUUUAUCACCCAGUGGCAAGACGUUGUCCGCGUGCUGCCCGGCGGUCUCUUCGCCGCGGCGACGACGAUAACGACGACAACGCCCGUUGCGCCACAGACGACGACGACGGGCUCGGUGCGAUGCAAUACCGCCGCACCCGUGCCGUCGCAGGGCGACCAGGCCUACGUCACGUGCACGGAAGAGACCAUCCUGCCGAGUGAGAGCACGGAUGCAACGCCCGAUGACGCGGCAAGUCCCCACGCAGUUGCAACCAUCACGUCAACAUCCGAAACCCCGGCCGAAAACUUUAUCGGCGCCCCGUUCCAAGUUGCCCAUGACGUGUGCGUCAAGUACAACUCGCUCCGAGCGCAGUACGAAGGCGUGCCACCGCACUUGGUGGCGCUCCAUGACCAGUUUGGGCUACCCUUGCACGCCAUGCGGUGCAGUAGCAAGCACCCGGACGACCUCGUGCCGUGCCUCCUGCACAUGCUGCGUCGCGAGCUGGUCGCGCGGAACGGCGUCAGUAGCAAGUACAUUUACCGGUCGUCGCCCGACCACGGCGAGAUCCACGCCGCCAAGACCGCCCUCAAUGCCGGUCGCUUUGACGUCAAGCAACACGGCGACCCGUUCGUACUCGCAAGUCUUCUCAAGCUCUGGUUCCGGGAGCUACCCACGCCGCUGCUCGCGUCGACACUUCGACCGCACCUCGAUCGGCUCGCGGCCUGCGCGACACUGGACGACAGCGACAAGCGCGACGCGUCGAUCACGGCGGGCCGCGCGACCGUUAACGAGUGCGCGCUGGGUCUUCUGCGGGCGCUGGACACUCAAACGCGGUGUGUUUUCGAGUGGCUUCUCGACCACUGGCUCGAGAUUGUGCUGCACACCAGGACGAACCUCAUGACUGCCCACAGUCUCUGCAUCGUGUGGGCUCCGAACCUGUACCGUCUCGACGACGCCACGUCGCCCAUCGAGGCGAGCAAGGUCUCGAACCUCGUCGCGCUCAGUUUGCAAGUGUGUCUUGCAUGGCGGGACGCGCAUCUCUCGAUGCGGAAGGCGAACGCUGGCAUCGCAUCGGCGCUCGUGGUGUCGCCGCCGCCGACGCCUACCCAUCGUGCCGCUGAGCCGCUCUUUGACGUGCGCCCACCGCUGGUCAGCGUUUUACGGCGCAGUGUCGACGACGUCUUGGGCGGGGCCGUCGACCCGAUCGAUGCGGCGGCGCUGGGUCGGGCGCAAGAGAUCCUCUGGUCGGUGCUCCGCCUCCACGCACGGUCCAAAGGCGAGCGGGACUUUGCCGACAAGCUCCUCAAGCGCAGCGUGACCGCGACGAUGCCAGCGUCCUUGGGCGACGUGGCGCGAUUCGUCACCAUGACGUUGGACCUCGAAGCGUUUCAAGCUGCGAUUGUGCACCACCGAUCUGUCACGAUGACACUCCACCAGCUGCGUGCCUGA